CCAGCAUACCACAACGCAUGCGCAGAUGGUCGAAAGGGCUAGAACUGCCCAAUGCACAUGCGCGGACACCGGGAUGAAGCCACGGACAGUAAUUGAGGAAAUACAAGCUGCCGAAGCGUCGGGAAGCCGUCGAAGCAUCGGGAGGUGGCAGCUGAAGAGCGACCCUUGGGGAGUGACGGGAAGCAGCAUGGCAGAAGGGGUGCAAGAUGCUGUUCCGGCUGAAGACGCUCCAGAACAGAUGGAGGACCAGGGCUUGCUCGUGGAACCAGCUGCGGUGGUGGAGGGGCCUGCAGUACGGCCGAAGGAAUGGCUUCUUCCGCCAGCAGUGGAUGUGGGACCUGAGACUAGGCAGAGGCCAGCAGUGACUGAGGCAGGUGAAUGGUGGUUAAGUCCUACAUUACAACGUUUGGACACUGGUCGGCAGCCUAUUGUGGGCGAAAGGGACUCUUAUGCAGCUUGGAGGGAAAGGAGAGUUACCGGUGACGAGGAGGAUGAAUGGAGUUACUCCACUGCUCCUGGACAAUACACCCUUGAUGUUUUAAGGGAUAGGUUUGGGGAAACGGGUUUCCUUCCCAAACAAGGGGUGCCUCCCCAGCCUCCUAUUGGUUUGUCUGGAUUCCGUUUGGCUAGCCCAAGAUUGAGGGUGACAGCAGCACAGCAGAAGCAAGGGGUGCAGGGAGGUUUGAACAUGGGACCCACACAUGCUAGUCGUACCACCCCUGUUUCUCUGCCUUUAGGAUUUGGAGACCUUGGCCGACAAUCCGCUGUUAGGGGGGGUCCACAAGGGGGUCAGCCAGCGUUAGUGUGGCCCACGGGUAUGCCAUGGACCCCUCCCCCUCUUGGGAUUACGUUUGAUGGCGAUCCCGAUAAAUUGGCCAUGUUCCUAGGCCAUGUCUUGAAUCAUUUAGAUCGCUUUGCGGCUCAUUACACUUCACAGUGGGCCAUAGUGGUAGCAAUGACUGCCAAUUUGCAGGGUGAGGCAGCCACUUGGGCGGCGGAUUUGUUCGGAGAUCACGCCAGUGAGCUGGCAGAUAUAGGCUCUUUCCUAGAGGCCCUGAGGGUACGGUUUGAGGACCCUACUAGGGUUCAAAGAGCGGAGGCAGAAAUUGUAUGACUAAAGCAGGCGGGCAGACGAGUACGUGAGUUCAUCAGGGAAUUCCAGCGUGUGGCAGGCCGAUUAAGAUCAUGGCCUGAGAAGUUGCUAGUGCACCACUUCCGACAGGGGCUAGAUUUGGAGCUACGACAGGCCUGCCUGGUGAGGGGAGUUUCGGCUCGUCUGCACGAUUGGUAUAGGGCAGUUACUGAGCUUUAUGCUGGGUUACAAGAGAUCAGUCCCGUGCACCUCCCCCCCACCCCGCACCUACACAGCAACCAGCCAGUAAACCAAAGACUGUGGGGGCUUCGGUACAAGCAGUUCCGCCGGUGGCGCCAAGGGGGAUAUUCCAAUGUUUUAGAUGCAAUAAACCGGGCCAUAGGGUGGCCCAGUGUCCACUGUCUCCAGGAAAAGGGGUGUCUGCAGGACAGUCUGUGCCGGCGGCGAGAAGGCAGGAUGCCACACCAUUCCGGGGUGCAGAUCAAAUGAGAGCUCUGAGGCAAAACGAAGACAGCACACCCUAUGGACCGUCCCCAGGAGCGGCGGUUUCAACCCCAGAGGUGAUACCUGACCAGUACGAUUGGGAGGGUCCAGAAGAGUAUCCCAUGGUGAGUAGCCCAGUGGUACCAUUUGCCAUACCAAUCGUCCUGGUGAAUUGCAAAAAUGGCCAACGCGUGGAAUGCAAGGCGUUGAUAGAUUCAGGUUGCACAAGGUGUCUAAUGAGUCGGAAGAUUGUGGAUGCGUUGGGGCUGCGGUUGAAAGAAUUAUCCCGGCCGAUCAAUUUCGAACAGGUGGAUGGAUCCCUGUUGGGUGGGGCACCGGUGACGCAAGUGACUGAACCUGUAAGGAUGGAGAUGAGAGAUCAUUGGGAAUUAGUAUGUUUUAUUGUCAUUCCAUCAAUGACCGAAGAAGUAAUUUUAGGAUUGGCAUGGCUUGAUAAAUGGCAACCGGUCAUAUGGUGGGCGGGUGGAUAUCGCCGCAUAAGAUUGGCUAUAGGUCUCCGACCUCUGGAGGAUAGUAGUGAGAAACCAUGUAUGCAUACACCACAGUCUAAACCACCUGGUAAGGAGAGGAUCAAUGUGGCAGUGGAAGCCAAUGAAGGGAAACGUAUGUUCCCGGUAGAGUAUGAGGAUCUAUGGGAUGUGUUUAGGGAGAAGGAAUGUGACGUGUUGCCGUCACAUCGUCCUACAGAUUGCGCAAUAGAUAUCAUGCCGGGGGCAAAAUUGCCAAAGCCCCGGAUGUAUCCAAUGUCCCCCAGGGAAUUGGAGGAACUAAGGAGCUACAUUGAUAAGAACUUGGCGCGCGGCUUUAUACAGCCAGCCAGAUCUCGGAUUGCGGCUCCGGUAAUAUUCCAGGGAAAGAAAGAUGGUGGAUUAAGGCUUUGUGUGGACUUUAGAGGAUUGAAUGCAGUAUGUGCUGAAAAUAUGUAUCCAUUACCCCUGUUGAAAGACAUGUUAACCCAUUUGUCCCAGGGGAACGUUUUCACUAAACUCGAUCUUAGGGAGGCAUACUACCGCAUCCGCAUAAAACCAGGAGACGAAUGGAAGACUGUGUUUAAUUGUCCUUUAGGGAGCUUCCAAUUCAUUGUCAUGCCGUUUGGAUUAAAGGGAGCUCCUGCAGUUUUCAUGCAAACCAUUAACGAAGUACUGCAUGACUAUUUAUAUCGUGGGGUAUUGGUGUACCUUGAUGAUAUUCUGAUAUAUUCCAGGACCAUGGCCGAGCAUAUAAAGUUGGUUAGGGAAGUUUUGCACAAACUCCUUAAGGCCCAAUUAUUCGUAAAACUCUCAAAAUGUGAGUUUCACAAAACCCGUAUCGAUUAUUUGGGAUAUAGAAUAUUGGCCUCAGGUAUAGAGAUGGAUCCGGCAAAGGUGAAAGCGGUACUUGAGUGGCAGGCACCCAGGACGAGGCGCCAGUUGUAGAGCUUCCUGGGGUUCGCGAACUUUUAUAGGCAGUUCGUUCCUGAUUUCGCACAGGUGGCUCUGCCACUUACGGAAUUAUUAAAGACGCGGAAAAACCCUGUAAAACCCUGACCUGGCCAGUCGUUGGCGUGGACUAAGGAAAGCCAAUUUGCAUUUGAACACCUAAAGUCUUUGUUUGCCGAAGAGCCCAUUUUACUACAUCCAGACCCCGAUAGAUAGUAUAUUGUACAAGCAGAUGCGAGUGAUAUGGCGGUAGGAGCUGUAUUAUUGCAGCAAAAUAACACCGGUAAUUUACAGCCGUGCGCAUAUACCUCGCGUAAAUUGACAGAGACUGAGAGGAGAUGGGCAAUAUGGGAAAAGGAGGCCUUUGCCAUUAAAUGGGCCUUGGUAACGUGGCGACAUCUCUUGGAAGGGGCUAAACAAGAAAUAGAAAUUUGGAGGGACCAUAAGAAUCUGGCAGUGUUGCAGUCACCCCGAUGUUUAGCACCGAAACACGUGAGAUGGGCGCAAUACUUUAAGUGAUUUAAUUUCCAACUUAAAUAUGUCCCUGGGGGUUGUAACUUCUUGGCGGACGCGUUAUCUAGAUUGCCCCAAUAUGAGAGCCAGAAGGAGGCAUUGGUACAAGCCAUAGUACCUCCAUAUAUGCAGGGAGUAGGUAGGGUAAGUUCCUGUACUGAUACCAAAAAUAUCGAAUCGGAAUUGAGGGCAGCAAUACCACAGGACCCUUGGUUCCAGGAACAUAGUAAUCUGUUUACCCAAAGAAACGGGUUGGCGUGGUACGGGGCAAAAUUAUAUGUACCACUUGUGUUAAGGGCUAGAAUCCUUCAAAGGUAUCAUGAUGUAAAAUUGGCAGGACAUUUUGGAUUUGUUAAAACAUUACACCUAACUAGACGCCAGUUCUGAUGGCCCACGUUACUAAGGGAUGUAGAAAGAUAUGUAAAAGCAUGUUUUCUAUGUGCUAGGUGCAAAACCCAUCCAGGAAAGCCAAUUGGGUGUUUACAGCCAGUAGCUGAUCCGGAAUAUCCAUGGAAGGAUAUUGCCAUGGAUUUCAUUGUGGAACUUCCAAAGAGUAAGGGACAUACAGUAAUAUGGACGGUAAUUGAUUUAUUCUCAAAACAAGCUCAUUUCGUCCCGUGCAGGAAGUUGCCGACUGCUCAGAAAUUAGCUCACAUGUUCCUUACACACAUGUACCGUAUCCAUGGGGCUCCCCGGCGAAUAAUAUCUGACCGGGGGGUUCAGUUUACGGCACGAUUCUGGAAAGGAUUCACCACCCUGCUCGGGUCAUCGCAGGGGCUUAGCACCGCGUACCAUCCCACUACUAAUGGAGCGGCUGAACGGGCUAAUGCAGCGGUGGAACGGUAUUUGAGAAGUUAUGUAUCAUACCAACAAACCAACUGGGCGGACCUGCUGGUGUUCGCGGAGGUUGCGUAUAACAACGCGGUGCAUGGCAGUACAGGGUACGCGCCAUUUAAAGUGGUAUCUGGAAAAGACUUUGUUCCUAUCCCUGAAUGCCAGCAAUUUGAUGCACAACCAUGUCUCCCACAAGAGUGGACACAAAGGAUUUGUGGGGCAUGGGCUGCUGUGAAGACAGCGUUGGUAGAAUAUAGGCGAAAAUGAAAGAGCAGGCGGACAAAAAACGGCCUGUAAGCCGUUCGUUGUAGGACAACUAGUUUAUUUGUCCACUAAAUAUAUAAGACUGAAGAUCCCAUGUAGGAAGCUGGGACCUAAAUACAUUGGACCGUUUAAAAUCAUUAAUCCAGUUACUGUACAAUUACAACUACCCCAGUUGUUAGGGAAAAUACAUCCGGUGUUUCAUUGCAGUUUACUGAAACCAAUAUAUAUGUACUGGACAGGAACCGCACCAGGCCCUGUUAAUGGUGACGAGUAUGAGAUACAAGAGAUACUUGACUCCCGUAUGAAACAACGUAAAUUGUAUUAUCUGAUUAGAUGGAAAGGGUACCCUUUAUCAGAGGCUACAUGGGUACUGGCCGAUAAUGAACAACCUCCUCGCCUGGUUAAAGAAUUCCAUAUACAAAAUCCCGGAAAACCAGGAACCAUUAGCACAGUGGGGGUUGGGGAGGUGGACGUGCGUGAACCAAAGUAACAUGUUUUGUCUUUCCUCCAGGGGGAGCCCUGGUGAAGGGGGGCAGUAUGUCAGGCCGUAGCAGAGGCUGCCCUGGGUAUCUGCUCUGAAGGCGCCCCGACGUCCUGGGCACGCGUCCCGACGGCCCGACAUCCAGCUGACUAGCGGCAUGCGUGGAAAGCGUCCCGAUGACCAGCUGGCCUUGCCUGCUUUGCAUAUGUGCAGACGACGACCAGCAUACCACAACGCAUGCGCAGAUGGUCGAAAGGGCUAGAACUGCCCAAUGCGCAUGCGCGGACACCGGGAUGAAGCCACGGACAGUAAUUGAGGAAAUACAAGCUGCCGAAGCGUCGGGAAGCCGUCGAAGCGUCGGGAAGCAUCGGGAGGUGGCAGCUGAAGGCUAGUAUAAUUGGGAUGGGGGCCCGUAUAUGGGUAUGUAGGACGGUCCGGAAGAGGGUGGCGGUCCCUGGGUGUUAGCGUGGGUGUGGACUAGGCGGGAUAGUUUGAAAUGUAUAAAAGAGCCAUGACUGUAAUGGUUGUCAGUGCUGACUUUAAACUGCAUUUUUGCUGAAAUAAAGUAAAGUUCUUCGUUC